ACGGGCUCUUUUUAUUUACAUUUUUGUCAGUCACAGUCCAGCCGGCCAAGUUUCUAGAAUUUUUCCUCGCGUGCCUCAAGCGAAAACAAGUGCAUACAUUUGAAAUUCACAAAUAAAGCCAUUUAAACCAAUCAAAAAUGAGUUGCCCGUUUUCAAAAGAGUCCUUGGACAAAUUAAAACAAUUUAUUGACGUUUGUGCGGCAAAUCCCGACUUGCUAUCAUUACCAGAUUUAAAUUUUUUCAAAGAGUUCAUCGAAUCGUUCGGGGGCAAAGUACCUCCACCUGCCACAAAAAUGAGCGCAGAAACCCCCGCAGAAGCGCCCCCCGAAGUCGCCUCUGAACCAGAAUCCGAACCCGAGUCAGAAUUGGAGAUCGACAACGAAGGUUGCGUCGAAGCAGACACCAUCGACGAAAAGCAGAAAAUGGGAGAUCAGAAUAAAGAAGUGAGCGAAGAAGAUAGCGACAAGUCUGACGAGAAACGCGGGGAAGCCAUCGGACAAUUCUCGGAGGGGAAUUUCGAUAAAGCCAUUGAACUGUACACUGAAGCAAUCGAACUGAAUCCAUCCUCUGCCUUGUUGUUUGCGAAAAGAGGCCAAGCUUAUUUAAAACUGACAAAACCCAAUGCGUGCAUUCAAGACUGUUCUAAAGCUCUGGAGCUUAAUCCUGAUUCAGCGGCCGCUUAUAAGUUCCGAGGGCGCGCUUUUCGGCUUUUGGGAGAAUGGGAGAAGGCCGCGAAGGAUUUGCGACAAGCGUGCAAUAUUGAUUUUGACGAGCAGACUGACGAAUGGCUGAAGGAAGUAACACCAAAUGCUAAAAAAAUUGAGCAACACAAAAUUAAGUUGGAGAGGAAGAAACUGGAGAAAGAGGAAAAGGAGAAGUUGGAGAGGGCCAGGAAGGCGAGGGAAGCUCACGCGAAGGCUAGUACUGCUGCGCAGAACGAGCCGAAGCCAGAUCAGAAGCCUGAGGAUUCGACAAAAUAUGAAGAUUUUUAUAGCUUUUUACGAAAUCCUGAUAUUAUGGCUGCUUUUGCUGAUCCUGUAGUAGCGGCCGCAUUCGAGGAUGUUUCUACAAAUCCUGGCAAUUUUUACAAGUAUAAGAAUAAUCCUAAAGUUAUGGCUUUGAUUACUAAGUUAUCUGAGAAAUUGGCCGCCAGUGGAGCAGGGUCUGGGAACAUUCCCGGAUUUCCUGCUGGAUUUCCAGGACCUGGAGGGAUGCCGGGAGGUGGAGCGGCGCCACCACCAACAUUCCAACCCCCUGAUGAUGACAACCUGGAUUAAAUCUCAGUGCAUUAUAUAUACGUUUUGAAUUAGUGCAUGAAGGCUGAUGUUAUGGUUAUUUUUAUCCCAAUUACUAUUUGUUAAUCAAAGAAGGGAAGUUAUUGGAAAUUUAACAUUUUAUUCUGCAUGGAGUACAGUAAAUUUUUUGUUAAGGGAACAAAAAUUUAAUAAAAAUUAAAAACUUA